UUACUGUCAUCACAUCCCUUUUCUACUUACAACGAGGGAAAAUUCGAAACAAAUUGCCCAAAAUAAUUUGCAAAAUGUCUUCCGAAACUAAAUUACUUGAUCGGUGGGCAAAAGAAAAUAAGCUCUUAGUGUGUAAGUUCAAGGAGCUGAAAGGAGGAUCUGAGAUGAGCCAAGAACAGAGUCACAGCAAUAUAAACUUGUUGUCUUCAGAGUUCCAGAAACUUUUGAGAAAAAUUCAAGGUCUUCCUUCUCUUGCUGAUUACACACAGUUGGAGCUGUCAGUCGCGUACAACGUUUGUAUUCUGUCUAUCUCUCGGGGUUUGGUUUCUGACGUCCAGUUGAUCCUCACCCAAACCACAGAGAGAGUUUUAGCGCUGAAAGGAAUUGUCAACAUGCAGUCAAAUCUUGCUGAACUAUGGCAAACUAUCCUGGCAUCCGUGGAAAAUUAUCCUUUAAAAUUUGGUGUAGCACAACUUUUCUGUGUGCAGUGGGCAUUGUGGCUUAAUACAUGCCAACUGGAAACCCUGCUUGACCUUCAGGACCAGCUAACAAUUAUCCACGAAACAUGUACAGCUGUUGAAGGAUUUGAUAAGUCUGGCGUUUCCUUCAAACGCCCUGAUCUUGUGAUGGAACCGAGAAAAUUUGCAGACUUAUUACGAAUAAGCACAAUUAUUGUGCAAGGUGCUGAAGGUGCAAAAAAGGGUCAAUGUUUGGAGGCUCUGAAUCUGCUGCAGGCAGCUUUUGCCCUUUCGGCUCCCAGAACUGUUAUUGCUUAUGCACAUUAUCUCUCCGGCUACUGUCUCUCCCAAAUGAGUCGCCCUCAAAUGGCACUACACUGCUACAGGAAGGCGCUGGAGACCGACUUCAACUGCCUCAGCGCUCUCCACCAGAGCACCAUGAUUUUCAGAGAACUGGGGAACACUGAGGCUGAGAUAAAAGCUCUUCGUUUGCUGCACUCGACCCUGACGUUGCCCCCGAGCAGGGAGGCAGUUGUAUCCAGCAUGUACAUUCUCCCAUCAUCAACACUUUUGCAGAGCCAGGCUGUGACUAGUCUGGUCUCUGUGCCCUCUGCUCUCACUGUCCUGCACAGGUUGGCGCUCAAGUGUGUGGAAGAUGGCCGGGUGUCGGAAGCUAUUAAACAUUAUCUGGACUUAUUGGCUUCUCUCCACUCAGAUCAUACAGGGGAGCAACUUGUUGAGGAGCCUGAGUUGCCGAGGCUACCUGUGCUUUACCUGGAGGUUGCUGCUGCUCUGCUGAUGGCUCAGCAGCCGUUGGACUGUAUUACACUUUGUGAAGAGGUCGUCACCUCAACCAUUGAACUGCUGCCAGAUAGAGUGUUGUUGGAGGAGGUAGAGGAGACUGCAGAGGAUGCGAAUGUGUGGGAGAAGGCUAAAGACAAACCUGCAUUAGUGCUUUGGACAGGUGCCGCUUAUCUCCUGCAGGGUCACUGUCACUCUCAGCUGAAGGAUUGGAAACAAGCUGUGACCCACUACACUCGGUGUAUUAAUCUUGUGGUCAAGGUUCGUUAUAAACCUAAAGGCUUGCAGCCACAGAUUCCCUCCGCAGACCUGCUGGACAGAAAGCAGACACUUCUGUGUAACCUACAGAGACUGAAGGGUCUCGCACUAGCUUGGAGGGGCAUCAGCUUCAGUCAGACCGACAAACUUAAGGAGGCACUGAGAGACCUUCAGUUCAGCCUGCAGGCUUAUCCAGUGUGUGCUAGUGCAGGACUGUGGUGUGGUGAAGUUCUGUGGAGACUGGGGAGACAACAAGAAGCAGCAGCCUGCUGGACACGGACCGGUUUUGCUGCACAACCCACCGCGGAGAAUGAUCCAGUGUACCUGCAGGAACCUCAGUCUGGUCCUUCCUUGGACAUUGAGGAACUUCACCGCCGAGUUCAAGAGCUAGAUUCAAGGCUAUGAAGCGGAGUUGCUUAUUAAAUAGAUGUUGUUUUAUGUAAAAAAGAAUCAUUACAGUAAACAAACA